AUGAAAAUUUAUUCCCUAUAUGCACAAUUACAUUCAUAUUACUUAAAGGAUCUUUCAAAUGUCCAAGAAGUAUCACAAGAUAACGGAAAUACAAUUAUUAUCGGUUCAUCAAAUGGUAAUGAUAAAACAUCAAUAAUAUUACAUUUCAAUGGUAGUACUCCAAUGUCACCGAUCUCCGUUUCCGACUCGAUGUUAACAUUUAAAUUUCCCACAAACACACCAUCUGGAGUAUACAAUGGAAACACACUGACCAAAUUCAACACAUCACCAAUUGUUCCAUUUAAGAUAACAAUUCAACCAUACAUCACAUCAAUAACAUCACCACCAACACAAGGUGGAGUUGUAACAAUCAGUGGUCAAUAUAUGACUUCCAACAUCCAAGGAAAUGAGAAUAUCACUGUAAUUAUUUAUGAUACCAAAUCUAAUCUUAACUCUCCAUGUUCAAAUGCAACGAGAUUGAACAGUACCAGUGUGACCUGUAUUGCAUCAGAAGGAAGUGGAACAUCCGCUUAUUUGCAACUUCAAUUGAACAGAAUCAGUUCAACUGUAAGUGGAUUGAGUAUGGUCUACCAAUCACCUAAAAUACUACCGACAACUUCAGAAUCACCAUAUAGUAGUGGAAUGAUAAGCAUCUAUCAAACUAAUUGCAAAACUUAUUUAUUUUUCUUGAAUUUAUUAUCAACAGUGGUUAGGAGUUAUUAUUGUAGUGUUAGUAGUAGUAGCAACAUCGGCAAUGAUGACAUCAAUUACGAACAAUUCAAAUCAUUGUCGGGUGUAGUUUUGUUAAAGUCAAAGACUUCACAACCUGUAGAUAUGGCAAAAUCAUUGUUGGUUCAAAGUAGAAUAAAUCAAUCGGCUGGUUGGAAUCUGUCAAAGUUCAAUGGACAGUAUGUUGUUGGUAAAGUAUCGGUAGAUCAAUACAAGAAGUUUGCUCAAUUACAUAGAGUUAAUGAUAUCAACAACAACAGCAAAGAAUAUGAAAAUGACAAAACAAAAAUAGAUAACAAUGAUAAAGAAACAGCAGCAGCAGCAUCAGCAGUUGAAUAUCAAUAUCGAUUGAAUCAAGCACAACCUUUCAUUGGUCUAUCUGCUCAAGUAAUACCGAAUGCAGUGUUGGUGGAGAAUGUCACCUCAGAGAAGGUAGCAGUCGAUGCCGCACUCUUGCAACUCGAGCAGCAAUACCGCGCAACUAACAAACAUUGGCCUGCAGGGUGGACUCUGCAUAUCAUCGGAUUGAACCAACAACGUCAAACUUCACUACGUUCUAAACUGUUGAAAUCAAUACAAUCUAAACAACCUACAAUCUACAACCUAUUAAAUAACAAAGUUAAUAAUGAAACUGCAGCUGCUGCUACUACGGUCAAACAUCAAGAAGUUCUAGUUCAAUUACUAUUCAUUAGUAGUGAUAAACUUUAUAUUAGUAUAUGCACACCGCUGCUUCAACAGUAUUAUAGCAAGAUGUUGAGUGGAUAUCCAGGUGGAACGAUACCAGAGUUUGCAAAGAGUUUGAAGCAUUACGUUGCUCAUCAUCAAGAGAUUCCACUCGAUGGCUUGGACAACUCUUUCGAAUCGCUCAUCAAGAACAGACUACCGUCACGCUCCUAUCUCAAGUUGUUCGAGAUGACACUUCGCUUCCCUGACUUUAUGCGACAGCUACACACUGGCCAACUAGCAGUAGACCUAGGUUCAUCACCAGGUGGUUGGUCAUUCUUUUGUUUAGAGAGAAACAUGCGAGUUAUUUCAAUAGAUAAAUCAAAUAUCUAUUCAGAUCAAUUAUUAAAAUAUCAAAAUAAUAACAAUAACAAUAACAAUAACAAUAACAAUAACAAUAACAAUAACAAUAAUAAUAAUAAUAAUAAUAAUAAUAAUAAUAAUAUGACAAUAUUACAACAAGAUGCAGAACUAUUUUCACCAAAUCAACAACUACUACAACAACAACAGGUUGAUUGUUUAUUAAUAGAUAUGAAAGUACCACCAAUACGUACACUUUUGUUACUAAAGAAAUGGUUAGUUAAUAGAUGGUGUCGAUAUUUUAUAGUGACCUUAAAAUUCGAAGGUUCACUCACAGUCACACAAGAAACAGAACAAUUUAUACGCAAUGAACUCCUACCACUUACAAGUUACCUCAAUACUCAUAGCUUAGAUAAUGGUGGAAAAGAGAUAAACAUAUUUGGUAUUCAUUAA